AUCCAAGUAGAGAAAAAAAAAAAAAAGAACAACAGCUCACCCCAAACAGGAGCAUCAGAUCUUCGCCUCCGGUUCGCUUCAUAUUUGAUUCAUGACUACCAAUUGACUGCUCCCUCUCUGAGCGCACAGAGUAAGAAGUGCAAAAGAGAAAACAAAAUAAAUAAAUAAAUAAAUAAAUUUAUUUCUCCUCUACGCAAUGUUGAGAAGAGAACCAUUUCUCUGCAAACUCAUCUUUUUGCUCUACUGUUUCGCUUCGCUCUCACUCGCUGACGAACUCAACGAGUCAGAUCGGCUCGAGUUCACCGCCAACACUUCAAUCUCUAACACCUCUCUCUCUAAACCUAGAGAAGGCAGUAGCUUCGCUGAUAUCAUCGAUAAAGCUCUCGAGAAAGAGUUCACUGAAAAUGACCAAAACGAAGCAACUGAUGCUGGAAGCUUCAACAACAGCGUCGCAGAACAGCAGGCAGUUUUGGAAACUGUUGCCAGAGUUAAAUCGAAGAAAAAUGACUCGAAAGAGGAAAAGUUGUUUAAAUUUCAACAUGUUUUCAAUUUGGACAAUGAUAAUGGAGCAGAAGAUACCCCAACACUGAUUGAUCGAAAGGAUAAUGUCUUCAUUAUAUCCAAUUUUAAAUCAAAAUAUCCAGUGCUGCAGCUAGACUUGCGAUUGAUAUCAGAUUUGGUUGUCGUCAUUGUGUCUGCAACUUGUGGUGGCAUUGCAUUUGCUUGUGCUGGACAACCGGUCAUUACUGGAUACUUGCUAGCAGGAUCUAUUAUUGGUCCUGGAGGAUUCAACUUUGUCAGUGAAAUGGUUCAAGUUGAGACGGUGGCUCAGUUUGGUGUAAUUUUUCUUCUCUUUGCCUUGGGCCUGGAGUUCUCGACAACAAAACUUCGAGUUGUCCGAGCAGUUGCUGUUGUAGGUGGCCUGCUUGAAAUUAUUUUAUUCAUGUUCUUAUGUGGCAUUACAGCCAUGUUAUGUGGUGGUAAGUCUUCUGAGGGUGUGUUUGUUGGUGCAUUUCUUUCGAUGUCUUCAACAGCAGUGGUAUUGAAGUUCUUGAUGGAAAAGAAUUCUACUAACGCCCUUCAUGGGCAAGUUACCAUUGGAACUCUUAUUUUGCAGGACUGUGCAGUUGGUUUGCUGUUUGCACUGCUUCCUGUUUUAGGUGGAACUUCUGGUGUUCUUCAAGGACUAAUGUCCAUGACUAAAGUGUUGGUGGUGUUGAUUGCAUUUUUGGCUGUUCUGUCUAUAUUGUCUUGUACUUGGGUUCCAUGGUUUCUUAAAUUGAUGAUGAGCCUAUCAUCACAGACAAAUGAACUCUAUCAAUUAGCAUCAGUCGCGUUCUGCUUGCUUGUGGCCUGGAGUAGUGAUAAGCUUGGUCUAAGCCUAGAACUGGGUUCAUUUGCUGCUGGGGUGAUGAUAUCAACAACUGAUCUUGCUCAGCAUACACUAGAACAAAUUGAACCUAUUCGGAAUUUCUUUGCUGCUCUUUUCCUUGCCAGCAUUGGAAUGCUGAUCCAUGUUCAUUUUCUCUGGAGCCAUGUUGAUAUAUUACUGGCAUCUGUUAUAUUGGUCAUCAUCAUAAAAACAGCCAUAAUCACUGCUGUUGUGAAGGGAUUUGGUUACAACAACAAGACAUCACUUCUUGUUGGAAUGUCUUUGGCUCAAAUAGGAGAAUUUGCUUUUGUUCUUCUUAGCCGUGCUUCUAAUCUUCAUUUAGUUGAGGGAAAACUUUACCUGCUGCUUCUUGGGACAACAGCCCUUAGCUUGCUUUUCAGUUUAAAAUCCCCACUGCAUGAAGUGAAAAGUGCAAUUCAGACUACAAUUGUGGUUGAUGCUUAUUUUUACUCUGGAGAUUGAUGUGGACAAGGGACACUGAUUUGAUAUAAUGUGGAUAUGUGCUACAUAGUUGUGGCUUUUCUGUACUGAUCUUUGUUAGAAGACAAUUUUUUUUGCAUGUGGAAACAACAAUUAACAUGUGACAAGAAGUUACUGAUACGCUUGCCAUGCAUCUUGAAAUAAAUGUGACAGUACAAGAUGAAGUUCAAAUGAUGGACAAACUUUGUGCAGCCUAGUUGUGGCUGUCAUUUGGAAGCUAGACCUGUGAUUAGAGUAGGCAAUGCUUUUCUAUCCCCAUUGUUUAAGAAGGAAGUUUCCGGUGGCAUUGAGUUGCCAAAAAAGUGAACUGAGAGGAAUCAAUUUUUUUUGGUCUGUCAGUAUUUCAAAUACCCAAGAUGUGUUGGAUUUACCGUCGCUGCACACAUUUUGUCAGAUGUUAACCCGUGUAAAGUACCUGCAGGUGACAACGACUCUGCUUUUCAAGCUAAUUCCUGCUGUAAUGCAUCUAGGAGUGCUGUUACGGUGGUUCCCUCCCGACAGUGCAGU